AUGAAUGAAAAAUUCUCGAACGAAACGAAACUUCGAUCGGAAGCGCAAGCACCGUUUCGAGUGGCGCGACAGUUUUUGUACGCCUCGUGCGCACUGAGCGCGACGAUUGGGUUUGGUAUCGCGACUAUUCAGUUGUUGACCGGUCUCGCCGGCGCGCCGAACUCGCCGCCGUUUGAUCAAUCGGUGUCGAACGUCGGCAUCGACGGCGCGUGCGCGGCGUUGUUUGUAUUUUUGUGGAAGAAGGACGAAGAGGCGAAGCAGAAGCAAAUGAGCAGAAUCGGGAGAGAGGAACGUUUGGGUGGGUUGAAAGUAGAGCUGACGACGGGGAAAAUCGUGCGCAUGCAAAGUUUGAGAGGCUUUUCGAGAGUCGUUUUAUUCGCCGGGGAUUUGGAGUAUUUGGAGAAGUCGUUGGAAGUCGCCGAGGAGUACAAAGACGAAUUGAUUAAAAAAGGCGUUUUUCUAGUACCCGUGGCUAUGGACGACGAAGCGGCGACAAAGUUAAACAAACCAGACAACGCGAAGAAAGAUGAGCGAAGAUUCCGAGGUUCCGCGGUGAACGUCUCCCAAAAAGACGGGUGGAGAGAUUGGAUUUUGGAACAGAAGAAGAUGGCAAAACUAGGCGACGACGUCGGCGUAUACGUCGGUUUGAGGAUGGACGGGAGAGUGAGAGCGAGUGGUAAAGGCGUGGCACCGUUCGAUAGGUUCGCUGCAGAACUACCGCCGACGGAUGGUGGGUGGGGCGGCAUGAUGGACGGCUUCGACGGGAAAGUUGGCGUAGACAAUUAA